AUAUAUAUAUAUAUAAGUGUCCCUCUUUGUUGGGAAGGGGUCAUCAACUUUGGGCUUGAUCAGGCAUUGUUACUUUCCUGUGUUAAACAUCCCUGAAUGAAUCUGCGAUUGGUCAGUUGCCCUUCCAGAUGCCCACACAAACAGUCCCUGUCACUAACGCUAACGUUCAAGGGAUAUCCUGGGAAAAACUUGGAAAACCCAGGUUGGCCGUUGGACAGGCUAUGUCAGUUCGGGUCUUGGGAUUGUAUGAAAUGGCCCGAAUUCAAUUCCAUUGUUUUCUACACGUCAGUCAUCAGAGAUAUUUGUUCUAUGCCCAAUGAUCACUCCCUAGGAGUGAUGGAUGAACACCUGCUCAAAGUUUGUCUUCCUGUUGUGUCUUAGGUGGCAAUGAGGAAUCCUGACACUCACAGAUAAUGCAUGUAACAAGCAGACCGACAUAAUACAUGCAGCACACGUUGAUAGUUUAUGUGGACUGGUUCAUAACACUGUGCACUGAGUUGUUUUAACACACCCAACCGUUACCUUUGUCAUAGAGAUGGGGGGGAGUUUAGAGGUAGGGAGAGUUGACUGUUGGGUGUAAAAAUGCUACUUUUUUUUUUUUUUUUUUUUUUACAGAAUGAAAGCAUUAAUCACAUAAGAGUAUAAAGCUACAGUAUAUGAACAGGAGUACAGUUGGGGAUAACUAGCUGUCUCUUUUCACUGUAAAAUGAUCAAAUGAAAUAAAAUGACAAAAUGUUUCCCAUGGAUGUAUGACUGGUGGGAGUUUAAGGCGCCCUCAUGGUAUGUCACCACAAAACUGUUUGUUCAUUUAGAUAUGGAGGAAAUGGUCUACGUUCAGUUGGCCUGAUACAAUAACAGUGUGACACAGAAGCAAUUUGAAGGUGUCGCAUAUGAGGGUUAGGCUCAGGAAAUAAUAGCCGGGAAUUUAUUGUGGAGCUUGUAAAAUUAGAUCUUUACUUCCAUUGGCAGGUGUGUGAAUAAACUAGAAGAAAAAGUAAAAGGGACAGCAGACAUACAAAUAAAGGAGCCUGGACAGUUUAAUGUGUCUAAGUAAAGUGGAAUGAAUAACCUUUACUCAACGUCACCAUGGUGAUCAGUGGGCUGGUCUGGUACUGUGCAGCUCUCUGGGACAAGAGAUAGGAGCAUAAGGAGCCUGUGACGUUUAUCCCCUCCCCUCUCCUUCACAUUCCCAAAGCGAACCCAGGCAAAGGAGUGACAAACCCUCACUAUAUUGAAUUAGAGCCUAUGUGAAAUAGCGGCUUAAGGAAAAAUUGCUUGAGAAACACUUACGACUGCUACUAGAAAAUGUCACAAAAGUCUAUCUUUAGUUGAGUUACAAUUGGCCCAGAGGCUCAAAUAGUGUUACCGGAGUGCUGAAGGAUGGCUUGCUCUGCUGUGCCCAGUGGACUAUGAUUUACUUACUGGACAGCUUAUAUGGAUGUAGAAAGUCUGUACCCCGAACCACAACUUUUUGAAAACUCACUUUGCACCAACCCGGCACUGAAAUCCUGAAAUAAAACCACUCCUGACAAUUGAUGGCUUGUCCUUGCCAAUGUCACUCGGAGAGAUCACUGUCCAUGCUCCUGUGUCCGGAGCCCACUCAUGUGAAGGCUGCGUUGGAAGUUCUGAGUAGGUCUGCUCAGGAGAGCAGAAAGCAGCUGGUGGUGGAGAUACUGAAGGAUCCUAAGAGAGAGCGCUACAUCAGGACACUAGAAUAUUUACUCAGCUCCACAGACUCAUGGCUUUGCAGUACUGCAGCCUAUCUUCUUGGAGUCCUGGUGGAGAGAGAGGAGGUUGUGCAGCAGCUCAAGGCCAAGGCUCCAAAGAGCAGCAACAGCCUUGUUGGGACUCUAGGGAAGCUCCUAACCAGACAUGAUCCAGACAUUGUGAUGAAUGCUGCUGGUGCUUUAGCCUCUUUGGUUGAGAGCUCGGCUGGACGUGGGUGGCUACAGAGAGACCAGGCUGUGUUUGGUCAGCUCUUGACCAGCCUGUUGACCCUGCUGGACCACGGACCGGAGAGCAUGGUGAACUCUGCAGCCCUGAUCCUGGCCAGGCUGUCCCUGUGUGAUGUGGCCUGCCAAGGCCUGUUACGCCACCCCUCAGCCCCCAGCACCUUGGGCUGCCUGGUACAAUGCCUGGCACACAGCCAUACAGACACGGCUAUGAAUGCAGCCUUUGCUUUGGGUCGUCUGUGUGGAAGUGAAAGAGGCAGGAGUCUCAUUCUGACAUUUGCGCCAGAGUACCAACUGGUUCACAGUCUGCAAGCCCUCAUGAGUGAGGUGGCUGGGCCAGAGGCAGGACAGACAGCCUGUUUUGCAUUGAGUUGCCUAGUAACAGAAGAAGAUGGACACGCUCUGGUGCUGGGUAGCCCAUCCCUUCCCAGCCUUCUUGAUGCUCUUCUCUACCGCUUACAAACAGAAGACCAGGACAGUGCCUGGUUUGCUGCCAUGGCAGUGAAAGUGUUCGUGUCACGACCGGCUGGAGUGUUACACGUGCGAGAGCACAGGUCUCUGAGGGAGCGACUGAAGUCUCUCUCCAGCUCUCCCUCCAUUGGCAAGGAUCUCAGGGAGGAAGUGACCUCAUGUCUUAGGAAGCUGGAGCCACUUGUUAAGCCAUUGCCCCCGACAACUAGGCGCCUCCCAUCUGGGGCCUGCACUGUGUCAUGGGAGAAGUGUUUCCCUGAGAGUGGCCUAGAGGUCACUUACAGCCUUCUGGACAGAGAGAUAGUUAUGUAUCGUGGAACCCAAUGUCACGUGACUUUACCGGUAUCAGUCCUCAAACCUGGACAUGAGUUCUCACUCCGACUGAUCCACUCUUCCGCUGAUGGAGACACCAGCCCCUGCAGCGAGCCUGUGCUAUUGGUCAUAGAAUCAGAGGAGACGGGGGCAAGGCCUGGUCCUCCACAGAAGCUGCGCGUGAUUGGAUGCACAGCCUCUCAUGUGCGACUGAGUUGGGUUGCGCCGGCGGGUGAGCUGAAGCCCCAGGUGUAUCAGCUGUAUCGUGGUGAAACACUACUAGAUACCACAACAGAGCUGAGGGCUGUAGUGGGUGGUCUGUCCCCGGGAACCCUUUUCCAGCUGGGUGUGUGCGCAGUGGGGCCAGGGGAAGAGGUUGGCCCCUGUGCGGAGGUGGAGGUCCGUACAGCCAAGGACCAGGACCACGCACCCAGCGGCCUGACCAUGGUGGUGCUGGGCAGGCAUGAGCUGCAGAUCAUGUGGGGGGCUCCCCUGGUGCCCCUGGGUCGCCUGUUCAACUAUGAGCUGAGGCUGAAUGAUUGCGUGGCUUACUUGGGCACGGCGCGUGCUCACACUGCCCGCCGUCUGGCCGCCAACACGGCCUACACCUGUACUGUAACGGCCAUCACCACCAGAGGGCGCUCUCAGAGCCGGUCCGUCACUAAGAGGACCGCUCGCGACGAGUACCCGUACACACAGAGGUGUCUGUACUCCUCCAGCCGUCAGCCUCCUCCUAAGACUCCUUCAUCACCCCCAUCAGUCACAGAGGCAACAGAGGUCAGACGAAAGGUCACAGAGAUCGUGGAAAAGGCCAAGAAACCCCACUCUGCACACGACCAUCUGACCAAGGUCCAUCUGUCCAGCAGGCAAUACAGAGGGACUGAUCACGACAGCGAGAGACACAGGCAACCUUUGGUCUCCACUUCAUCUGCUGGCUGUGAAAGCAGCAAAAUGGAAUCAUCUGAGAUGAUGACCAUGGGGCUGGUGAAUGGAUAUGAUGCAAAGGCCUUAUGGAGGAGAGCCAAAGAGAGGGCAGGAGUAUCUGUCUGCCCUGCUGGGCUUCCAGUCCGACCCCUGCUCCAUCUCCAGGCUAAGACUGAGGAAAACCUGCUUGAGAGGCAGUCCCACCGUGGCCUGGACCAGCAUUUAGACCCUUCAUGCCUCAGGGCCCAAAUAAGCCCAUGGAUGCUUCUCCAGUGGAGUGCUCUCAGAAGACGACCUAGAGACAGAGGAAAACUCCCCUGUAUCCCCCAUCAUUUAGAUGCAGUGAAGUUAGUCCAUCCCAUUCCUCCCUCCUACCCACAACUGGACUGGACAGGAAACUAUAAAGACAAGCUGCUGAGAGACCGGACAAGGCUUUUGACAGGACCAAGAGUGCAGAGCGAAAUCCGAGGAAGACAUCCCCUAACAACAAACUGGACCAAGCUUAGCUGAUAAUGAUCCGUAGAGGAUCAAAAUCUAAAACAAGCAGAGAAUGGUGCUGCUUCAGAGAAUGGUGCUGCUUCAGAGAAUGGUGCUGCUUCAGAGAAUGGUGCUGCUUCAGAGAAUGGGUUUUGGGGGCUCGUCUCAAUACCAGUGAUUUUCAUAAAGACUGUGUGAAUGGAAAAAUGUAAUAAUCAACUGUUUCAGGCUUGUUAUUCAGUAUUAAUGCCCGGAAUUCAAUUUUUUUUAAAUGUUUUGUUUAUUUUGAUGCCGAUGUUUGUUUCAAAUCAAUGAUGUUAAAUGAGUGAAUCUCAAAUCAUAGCUCCUCAUUUUUGCAUCAAUCAUAUGGUUAAAGAAGUAUUACUCAGCAGAAAAUAAACUAUCCCACCAAACAAAAUAUUUUUCUGUCCCCAAAAUAGAGUACAGUAAUGUAUCUAUGAAAUGUAUUUUUUCUGAUGUUAUUGUCAGAUUAUCCAGCCUCGUCAUUAUUUGACUAGUGUAGUUGUACCUGUGUUGUGAACAGAGAAAUUUUUAGAGGACAUAUUCAACAUCAAGCAAUCAUCUCAAAUUGGGUUGCACAUUUUUGGGGAAUAUGCAGAGGUGGAAACUUUCCGUGGGAAUUAACGGGAAUGAACUGAAAUAUAUGGAAAUGAAUAUUAAUACCAUUUAAAUGUAGAUGUUUUUUUGCAUUGGAUUUAUUUACCAUAUCAUAUGGAGACAGAAACAUGAACAUUUUACCUUAUCAGUAGACAUAAUUGCAAAUGAUUAAAU